CAUCUAUAAAUAGUUUACCUCUUUGGCUGUCUCACUCGUUCGUUUGAACUGAAGUCAAACCAAAAGCAAAAUGGCUCUGCAACUGUGGGAGACAUUGAAGGAGGCGAUCCCAGUCUACACGGGACUAUCUCCAGCUACCUUCUUUACGGUUCUUGCUCUUUUCUUCGCCGUCUACUACGUGAUAUCGGGGCUGUUCGGUUCGUCCGAUCAUCAUUAUAGGCCCCGGGAAAGCGAGCAGCCGUCGCAGCCCCUGCCGCCUUCGGUACAGCUCGGGGAGAUCACUGAGGAGGAGCUCAAGCAGUACGAUGGAUCCGACCCCGCGAAGCCUCUUCUCAUGGCCAUCAAGGGCCAGAUCUACGACGUGUCGCAGAGCAGGGUAUUUUAUGGACCUGGUGGACCUUAUGCACUGUUUGCUGGAAAGGAUGCCAGCAGAGCUCUUGCAAAAAUGUCUUUCGAAGAGAAAGAUCUGACUGGGGAUGUAUCUGGUCUCGGUCCAUUUGAACUUGACGCUUUGCAGGACUGGGAAUACAAGUUUAUGAGCAAGUAUGUUAAGGUUGGAAGCGUCAAGUCUGCAGUAGUGACGGAUGGGGCGCCCACCGAAGAACCUGCAGAAUCUAGAGAUCGUGACGUUGCUGAACCUGCCGAAGAUGGUCCUUCAGAAACUGCAGCUGUUGUAACCGAGGAAACUCCUUUAGUAGCUGAUGCUGCAAAAGAGUAAUCCUUGGAUAAAGCAAGCGCCACCAUUGCAAACUUGGUAAACCAUUUCGAAUGGAGAAGCUGAAGAAGAGUAAUAUUGGUGCUGGUAUUUCAUGAAUCAUGUUUGACACAAGUUUAAGAUUGCAGUAUAAUAUACCUCUCUUGAGAACAGGUCUGUUUAAAGUCUAGUUUGUCGAAUAAUGUAUUAGUGAUGGUAAACCCUGGAUAUUUCAUAGCUGCAACUUUUUCCUUA